UUUCCGGGGAGUUUUUCACAGUGAAUUGGCUUUUGUUUUGUUUUUGUUUUUUGCGUUACAGCAGUGCGCCAUCCCUUGCACGGAGGUAGCGUAACAGUUAACGUAAACUCUUGAAAUAAAAUAAAUUAUUAUUACCCUUCGAUUCGGCCUCAGAAUUUAGUGGUCAACCCGAUCCUCAAUCCUAGCUAACACUGGUCUUUCCAGUCCCCCUGUUCCCUAUUGGUGGUGGAGGUGAUGGUGGUGUUGAUGGAUGUGUGAAGAAAGAAAAGAAGCCCCAGUGGUCCCCUUUCCGUACUGCACGUUUCCUCAUGGAUUCCAGCAAUGAUGAGGCAUUGGACAUCAUUGUCACCAAUGUGGUGGCCACUUUCAGGACCAGGUGCCACCUUAACCUACGCACCAUUGCCCUUGAGGGAACCAAUGUCAUCUACAAGCCUGAAGUAGGGAAAGUCUUGAUGAAGCUCCGCAAGCCCAUGAUCACAGCUUCCAUCUGGUCCUCAGGGAAAAUCAUUUGCACUGGAGCCACAAGUGAGGAUGAGGCAAAAUUGGGUGCCCGCAGGUUAGCACGCUGUCUGCAGAAAUUAGGUUUCAAGGUGCGAUUUUCAGAAUUCAGGGUUGUUAAUGUGUUGGCAGUUUGUUCCAUGCCAUUUGCAGUCCACUUGAUUGACUUCACCAAGAAUAACCGGCCUAUAGCCAGUUAUGAACCAGAGCUCCAUCCUGCUGCUACCUACAGGAUCAAACAUCUCAAGGCUACUGUACAGGUUUUCUCGACUGGAAGCCUUACAGUCACAGGACCAAAUGUGCAGAACGUGGCCACAGCUGUGGAGCAUGUCUACCCACUACUGUUUGAGUGUCAGAGGCCCCUCUGCAACUAGAAAAUAAAAAAGAGAAGACUGCAAGCCGAGGGGGGGGGGGGAGAACGAGUGAAGAAAUGACUGAAGACUAGUCCCAUUGUUCUGCGACAAGUGAACAAGCACCUUAUUCUUGGAUGUGUUUUCGAUUGUUGUUUUUAAUCUUUUCACAGUAACAGCCAUUAACAUAAGUGUGAGGUAAUAUAAUUGGCUGGAUCUGAUAGGAUUUUAAGAAAAAGCAGAACAGAGGCUGGAGAGUCUUACCGUUUCCCUCUGCACUAAAUCUGAAAUUUACUGGUGGAUCUUGUGACUGUUUGGAUCGUUGGGUUCUGCUUUCCAACCUCCGCUAAUAUACUAUCCCAUUAUUUUUCUGUAAUCUUCUCUCUGUCCCUCAGUGAAAUUUGUCCCUCUAAGCUCCACUGAUGCUAAAACGGUUGUAAGUUGUAAUGCAAUCCAGUUGACGUCCUUUAGGCUGUACUUUUUAUUAUUUAUCUCUGGUUGUUACUGCAUGAACAUGAAAAGGCCAGCCUUCAACAGUGUAACCGUUUCUUCAAAAGCUUAACAAUGGUGACCGUUGUGAAGAGAGUGAUUGUCAUAUUAUUGAGAUGCUUUGCCUUUGACCCUACACACACUCACACACUUGUCCAAUUUGAGAUGUAACUGUCUCCGGAAGAUUCUCCGUCCAUAAGCCUGUUUGUAAAAUGUAGAUUUUGCUUUUAAUGCCGAUACAAGGCACUCUUAAUCCAGAGGGGAAUGGUGUAAUCAAUGCUUGCUGCCCCAGUACGUAUUAACUCAGCAACAUAGAAUCAGACCAGCGCGCUAUUUUACGAUGUACCCUCACACACUGUCGUUAGUAGGAACUACAUGAAUUAAAAUGUGUCCUCGGGUGGAUAAGCACCCAGCUAUUCAUUUUGUAUCCACUGCUCAUUUAAAUGGUUGCUUCUCCACAUUCCCUUACCUUGUCAAGUGUCAGCUCCAAGUUCAGUCCAUUUGCACAGGUGUGUCAAAAGACAUGAUUCAGUCUGCAACUCAAAAAUCCAUCCGAGGUAUUUUUUUUGUUCCGAGUUGUGUACAUACUCGAUAAUGUGUAAACUCACAUUUGAGAACUGUGCGUCACACGUUGAGAAUUCCCUGUUGGUCAAACAGUCUGGCAAAUAUUGGUUUUUAGAAAUCUAGUUUUUACAGUAGUCAUGGAAAAGCCAGGUAAAUAUGACUGGUUUCCAGCUCGGGUCCUCGGCACCCCCGAUACUGCUGGUUUUUCUAUCGUGGUUUUACCCUGUUUUGACAGGUGAACGCAGUAGAAUCGGCUGGAAUACCUAGCAGAGUAGAAACCACUGGAAUAUGAUACGAAUGUGUAGGAACCCUUUUCAAUAGCUCCAUCCAUUUUCAACAAGGAUAGUGGAAUGUGGAAAAAUUAAAUUCUUAGUUGGAACCAAAUUCAACAUCAGUCCCUCAUGGCAAAGUGAUGCCAGCGACAGCUCAGCCUGGUCCUUGACAUGUGAAUAGCGGCAACAUCUUCUGUGUGUAGCUGUCAGGGAGGAUGCUGAGAAAAUGUCUUUUACAUAUUCUUUUUAUUAUGUGUUCUUGGGAACUUGUUGUACUGGAACCAGUGCCCACCAGAAGAUUUAGGAGACACCAUGUUUGUUGUGCUCAAACUUUUGUAUUUUGUAUAAAAAUGAAAAAGGUUUACUGAAUAAAAGAGUUAAGUA